CAGAAAUCCCCUCCACAGUUGAACAUUCUUCGAUACUUUCCAUUCUAGGGCCUUAUCAAUAUCCCUUACCUGAGCCUCAAAAUCUACGGGAACGGUUGAAUUUUUUUGAAUUGAAGGGAACUCCGGAUUUUGUAGGACAUGCAAAUCAUAUGGUGCACUAUUUCCGGAAAACUUGGGAUGUUGGUUACUCGUCUGCUUUACCAUAGCCACCGUUUUUGGUUACUCAUGAAAAUUAAUGGAUGCAAUGUAUGAACAGUCUGAAUUUAUAGAGAAGGAAUUAGAGCAGAUGACAGAACAGAUCAAAUCAAUUAUUCAGACCCCAAAUGCCAACCAGGGAGGAGAACUUGAGGCAGUUGAUGGGAUGACACCUUUAGAUGUAGUUGUCCGGAUUUUAAACAAUCAACCAAGUUCUUUAAUGUGGAUUGAUGAGAAGGCUGAAGAAUUUUCUUCACGUAUUCAGAAAGUUGCCAGCCAAGGUUCUGCUGCAGGUCACGAACUGAUGGAUCCAAAGUUCUGGAAAUCCUUAUAUCUGGAAUUGUGUUUUUCAACAGCUGAGUUUGGGGAGGGAGGGCCUAUGAAGAAAAUCUGAAGCGGAAGGCAUUGUGAAGUGAUAAGGUCAUUCACAACUUGCUUGGGUGUUAUUGUGUGAUUGGGUUUUAGGACUUACAUAUGGGACCAUCACAUGAAU